AUGAAGAAGCCGCGCGGAUCGGAUCGCCCUGAAGGCCAGGUGUUUCUCUUCGUCAACAAGAACCCCAAGUCUAAAUCUCUGUCCAAAAGUGAUGGCGCCGUCGCCAAACAGAUCAAUCGCCACGCUCAACAUUUCCGGAGUCGCAAGGUCGAGGCUCAAAAAAUCACCUCUGCUCGCUCCAACUGUUCUUCGGCCCGCCGCAUCGCUCUGGAUGGGUGGCACCGGAAAGAGACCGGCCAAGGCUCCAGCAGCGAUGAAUCCUCUCCGGUGUCGUCGCCCAACGAGGAAGGGGCGGCGGCAUCGCCUCCGCAGGAUUCCACGCCGAUCCGUCAGAUCUUUUCACCGUUAAUCGACACGCCAUCUAUUGAACUGCCUCCUAUUGCACAGAGAAUGCCACGCAAGCCACUAUCAGUCCAAGUCCUAGCCGGCGGCACCGAUCCGGAUGUUGAUGAUGAUGAAGGACAUCACUUUCAGGACGAAGGAGCCCUGGAGUUGUCAUCACCGGUCUACAGGGCGAACUUCACCUCCUAUGACUGUAUUGAUCCUUUCAGGAGUACUCCCGUCCGGAUCACCCCUCGAAUUCACGUGGUUUUGCAGUAUACCCUGCAGAUUUACUCCUACGCUGGCAACAACUACAAACUGGCUUUUUUACCCAAGCAUGUACGGUCGACCAUCAGCCAAUUUCCCAUUGGAGCGGUCGUCCAGCGGAGUGUUUACAAGGAGCAUCAUCUUUAUUCGUUGAUGGCCGCCAUGCUUGCUCGGAUGAAGCACGUCUUUGCCCUGUCGCCCACAGCCGACGACCCUCAAGCGGUUCGAGCGACAGCCUCGCAUUAUCUCCGGAAGGAAUUGCUUCGGUGCUCGCGAUCAGGAGAUGUCGACAAACAGACCAUAUUGGACAUCCUCUUCCUCUGCGUUAACGAGAUGCAGUAUGGCAUGUAUGAAGAUGUCAGAAAGCACCUCCAAAUUGUCGGUAAGCUGUUACACCUGCUGGAUCCGAGCCAGCUUCUUGACCGGUGGAUAUCGGAGACGGCUGCUCACGUGGAUAAUCAACUUUCUCUGUCCACGGCCAAACGUCCCGUUUUACCGAACACAUUCGACCCUGGCCCCAUGCUUCCUGAACGGAUGGCGAUCCUUCGGAGAGAGGCACAGAAUCUAAAGUAUUACGGCUACCCCAAUCCGACUUCGCUGAUGGUAACCCGGCCCCCCAAUGGUUCCAUGGGCAUUACCGACGCCAUCGCCGAUCUCGCGGCUACCCUCGACAUUCGAAUGGGUUCUCAGUUUGUCCAGGCGUUGAAAAUGGGAGCUUUCCCGUGGAACCUCGGCCGCAUCAUUUCAGACUUGGUUGACUGCAUCGAAAUAGCCAAAGUGGUGUGGUUGUCUCCGCUGGCAGUAUGCUUCGACGCCGAAUGGUUGUGCCGCAAAGCCAGAGCAGUGCUUCGUGCGCUUCUCGCCAUUGCCCCAGACCGCAACAUUGGAGCCAUGGACCUGAUGUGCAAGUGCACAGAAUGCGUCAGAGUGUGUCUGUUGAUUCUCAUGACCCACGCAUGUACCUUGAUCGGCUUCCAGACUGCCAGGUCCAACGUGCAGCGGCUACAAGCAGCAAUGGAGUAUGCCCUUACAUUUUGGUGUCCUGCUGUGGGUUGGACAGUUGAUUGCAUCCCGCUGGAUCCUACUGCUCAGCUCGAUCCUUUUGUUGAUAUGCAGGCCCGAUUCGUCCUAUGGGGUUUGCUCACUGGUUGCUGGUCGGCCGAAGACCAACCCGAGGAGGAAUUCUUCACGCGCCGAGCGCUCAAUAUUUGCCGCCAUUACGGCUUCUCCACUUACGAGGACCUACACAACCAUAUGGCAGGAUUUCUCUACUCCAAGACUCUGCAAGAACGCAGUCUCAAGAGAAUAAGUGCUCGGCUGCAGAAGCUUCCCCUGGAGCCUUCCUGA